CAAGCACCUACACUACACAUCGUGGAUUAUUCGACAACAAAGUAAAAUGAUGUGCUCAGCAACCUCAUUCCUGCUCCUGGUGACGUUCUGCGGAACGGUGUCCUGUCUUUGGUAUCCGUGGCCUGCCAAAAAAGACGACCAUUGCCCAUGCAAAAAAGACUCUGACUGUAAGUACGUUGUGUGCGACAACCCAUGGGAGGAAGUUGAGUGCCACGAUGACUAUUCUUCCCCAACGGGACGCUCGUGUCAUUGUCACAAACCGUACGAGUGCUGGGUAGACUACGACUGCAUUAGAGAGUGCGGUCCAGGAGCCACGUGUGACGACAGGGCAUGUCAUGGCCCGUGGUGCGAUCACACGUGAACAAACGUUUACAGGCAGCCAUACUGCAUUUAGCUUUAAUUAAAAGACAUGCAUAUGGAUACACUAAUUAUUUAUUUUCUUGGAGAGUAAUGUGAAAUUAAGUAAUAACCAGAAUUUAUAAAUUAAUUUAAAUGUUUGUGUUUGUGUGUGUGUUUGUGUAAUAAAUCAAGCAACAUAGAUUAAA